AUGGACUGCGACCUCACAGGAACAAAUAUGAUCACUGCAAUGGAAAUCGACUCGAGACCACUCCCCGACAACACAGAAACCCAAUCCACCCUGAAGUACGAGCUAGACAAAACUGAGCGCCAAAAGAUCCGCGAGCACCGCACCUGCCACCACUCCAUCGCAAGGAGAGGACCCGACUCCGAGAUGGAUUGCGAGCCCACCGUCACUGACCAGCCAGCCAUGACCGACGAGCAGCGCCGAACCAUGUACGAAGGGCGCCUAGCCAGAUUCGCUGCUUCAAGAGAGGGAUGUAGCGACGAGAUGGCCUGUGAGUCCUCCAACGCCCAGGAACUCUUGACUCCAACCGACAUUCAAGAGAUAUCCACAAGACGCAUCGCCAAGCUCGCUGCCUCGAGGCAGGAGCUCAGCGAUGAGAUGUCCUGCGAACUCGUCACCACUAAGGAGUUCCUGACCCCAACUGGAUCAAGGGAGAUUUCGGAAGCCCGCGUCCGAAAAUUCUCGACACCACUGUCAAGCCCUGAGAUCGAGAUGGAUGACGGCCCCCCUGAUCUAGACGCCGACAUGGAGUUCAUCCUACGGGUACGUGAGCUGCGAGAAAAAUGCCCGUUCUUCAGCCGCAAUAUCGAUACACCGAUGACCGCCUCCGAAACUGGCUCGUGCGAGCAAGAACCAGUAAUGGGCUUCAAAGCUCAAAUGACAAUGAAAGAGCUUAUAAGAAGACGGGGAGAGCUCCAAGGAUAUCAGGAAGAUGGAGUCGACGACUUGAUUUCGGGCAUGGUCAGCUCCAAUCUCUCCAACGAUGAAGAACUGCAGGACGGGAUCACGGGCAGUGAGACUGAUGCCCACGAGGACGAAUUAAUGGGCUGGACGGACAGCGACGCCGACAGUAGCGAAGAUGACGAGAUGAUCGACUGA